AUGGCCCAACGAACCCUAAUAACUUCCGCCCCAAAUCUGCAUGAGUUUCGGGUUCCAACUAUCACUCAACCAUUACACAAUAGCAUCCCCCCGGAAUUGAUCUGUCGGUACGAUCCGGUCUACGUCGCAUAUUAUAACGCAUUCAACGCAGGGCGGCUGCAUACCCAUGAGGUUCCAAUAGAAGACUUCCGCAUGAAUCCUGCCAAGUACACCAUUUCCUAUGGCCGAGCUCCCGGCCCCGACAUCUUCCGCAUCACAGAGCAAAAAUGUCCUGUCGAUGGCGGUGAAAUCAUAGUUCGAAUCUUUGAGCCAGCGCCCAAGCUUGAUGACCGGGGCCAGCCGACGAAAAGGGCCGCCUAUAUCAACUUCCAUGGCGGUGGCUGGGUGUUUGGUGGACUAGCCUAUGAUCACGAUUUCUGCAAGCGAAUCGUGCAUCAUCUGGACGGAGAACUGGUGGCAUUUGAUGUCGAUUACCGACUGGCGCCGGAGCAUAAGUACCCUGUUCCUGUGAAUGAUUGUUGGACGGCUUUCAAUUGGAUUUAUUCUCAGAAAGCGACUGAGUUCAAUCUUGACCCGAAUAGAUUUGCAGUGGGCGGCGUAUCAGCUGGCGGUCACCUUGCGGCCGUCAUCAGCCAUCUCUGUCGUGAUGCGAACAUCCCCUUGCGCCUGCAGGUGUUGACUGUGCCUGUUACCGACUUACACCGUGUCUUCACUCCUGAAGGUGAAUUUGACCGUGAAGGUUGCCCCUACGAAUCAUACCGGGAGAUGGAGUUUGCGCCAGCUUUACCAGCAGCGCGUAUGGCAUACUUUCACCGGCACUUCCUGGGAGUGCCUCGUCCGGCAGCGUCUAACGAGGUAAAUUCAGACAUUGAAAUAAAUGCAAUUGUGAUACUGAUUAUACUAGGAUUGGAAAAUAUCACCAAUUCUCGCGCCCGACUUCCAAGAUCUGGCACCUGCGUUGGUGACGACGGCGGAAUUGGAUCCGCUGCGGGAUGA